UAUUCUCAACUCAGAUACAUUUAAACAUUUAACCUUAAGACAUGGAACCCGUGCCGAGCGCUAAAACACUUUUCACAGUUUCACAAAUAUACAAAAGGAAAAAAUAGAAUAAAUCUGUGAAAGCACAAAAGGAAGAGAUAUUUUUGCAAGAAAAUUUACUACACUGAAGAUUGUGAAUUUAUUUUUCCGAUAAGAAACCCAGUGCGAUUGAGAGUGAACAAAACGGAAAGAAUUGAUUUAAUAAAAAAUACAAAAAAAAAAAAAAAUAGUCUGUCACAGAACAUCCGAGGGACAGUAAGAAAAACGAAAAAAGAAAACUCUCCAGGAAGGGCAGCAAAAAGCAUCUCCAUUUUCCCCCAACGAAAACAGGAACAAAGGAAAUACUUUUAUAUUAGUUUUUCAAUGAGGUCGAUAAACAUCCUCUGUUGGAAAAGUGCAUUUUCUCGAGGAAAAUCUUGAUCGAAACAUUUUUUAAUUUGCGAUCCGCCGUGUAUCUGAAGCAAUUGUACGAGUGUAUGUGUGUGCGUGUGUGUGGUGCGACUUUGAACGCGAGUGUGAAAAAAUAAAUAAAUGCAAAAUUUUGUGUACCCUUAAAAAACCCCUGGUGCGCUCUGCAGCCCUCCCUGUGGCCCACGACGGCCAACAGCAGCCGUCAUAAACGAGAAAAGUAAACGAAACGGCACUCAUCCUUCUUUACCGAAAACCAGUAAACCCGAAAAUUGCAAAAGAAGCCCCAAACGAAAAUAAUUAUUUUGUGCUAUUUGCCCCCAAAAGGGUUCGCAAAUCAAACCAAACCAACCAAAUGAAAUUGUGCAACGCUCGAUGAAAAGGUGAAGCUGAGAAAAUCGAAAUCUCAAUAGAAUCAAAUCGAAACUAGUUGUGAAAGAAAGAAAGAUAGAAAAAAAAUUGAAUUUGUUGUAUCUUCGAUAUCUCUGAAUUGUAUCUAAACCCAUUUUACUACUCAUACAAAUGAAACAAUUCUCAUGUCAUGGUUUAAUUGGAUUCAAGUUGAAUUGAGAGUAAAAUCAGCAGCACGAGUAGCAGCAGCUGCCGCCGCAACAGCCAUAGUGGCAGCAACAGCGACAAGAAGUAUUGCAACAAUAACAACAACAGCACCAAGAACAAAAACAAACGCGCGGCCUUUCAAGUAUUCCUGUGGUUUCGGGCUUCGUUGUACUUCAAACUAACAACAACAACAACAAACAAACACUCCGCCACAGCCACAGCCAGAGAGCAAGAGAGCAGCAGUACAACCAUUCGCAGAGAGGCCAAGUGCGCCAGAGCACAGAAAGAGUACCUCGUGUGUGCGUAUUUCCCCCCCCCCCCCAUGGAAGAAUCAGCAAACGAGCAAACAACAUCAUUGUCGUCGUUGUAUCGCCAACAUUAGCAUUGGCGUUUUCAUUGGCAGCAUAGCAUAGCACUGCUCAGCACAGCCGAGCUCCAUUCAAAGCUUCAUUCGAAAGGAAACACCUUGCGUUUGCUCUAGCGUCGCUGUUGCAAAAACAACAUCAAAGAAAAUUGCCGAAAUUCGAAAUUGUAACAAACCGAAGCAAGGCAAAGGCAAACCAACUCAAACGACCGCCCGACCGAUCGAUCCUAUUAUCCUAUCCGCGGAUACGUAGUCUCACCUUUGUUGUUGCCAUUGUUGGCGCUUCAGCGUCAUAACUGCCAGGCUAGUGUGUGCGGACUUUUUGCUUAAAUACCUACGAUUAGGAAUUUUCGACGACGAAAAAAGGAAAAUCAAAACCACAUCCAUGUUCGCUGCUAGAAAUCUGAAAGUCAUCACCAAAGGCUGCAGGAUUUCCUUCGCAUUUAAAAAUUAUUUGCCUUCUUUGUAUUUUGCCAUCCGUCAACAUACAUCAUCAUGAAGGAGCAGCAUCAGCAGCACUCCUUGAGAAUGGAACAACAAAAUCAACUACAGCAACAACAACAACAACUACAACGAAAUUCAAAGCACGCCAUCACAUCUUCAUCAGCCAAAGUAGCAACAGCGACAGCAGCAGCAGCGGCCGUGAUGGCGACAGCAACUCAAAUGAGGGCGACGUUAAUAUAUUUAGCGCCUUUUUUGCAUCCGUGCAAGAAUGUUGUUCCUGGAACACACCAACAACAACAGCAUCAGCAGCAACAACAACAACAACAACAACAAGCUAACAUGUUGUCUUUGCCGCAACCGCACUACCACCAGCCCCAGUACCAACACCUUCACCAUCCGCGCCAGCUCCCCUUGCGAGACAUAGACCAUGAAGAUGUGGAGGACACAUCUCGGCAGACACAUGUGGCCCAUGGAGCUGAAACAGCACCAGCAGCCUUGGCUAUGCUAACCGGCUCUAGUGGGGAUAGUAGCUGUAGCAAUGUACGUUAUGGCAGUAGCAUCUGUGGUGGCAACCGGAAUGUUACGACCAUGAGUCGUUCCACCACUCAGGCCCUGCUCCGAACAGACGGCGGUGGUGGUGAAUACAGUGGUGGCGGCGACGACGACGACGGAGACGGAGACCGUAAUAAUCAUAAUAAUAAUGUCAUAAAUUGUAAUAGCACCGUCAUCAAUGCCAGCAUAGGCGGCAGACAACAUUGCUGCAACAUUACCGCCACGACCACCACCACCAGCACCACUGCCAUAAGAAGCAGCUGCUGUCAUAAUAAUGCCGCACCAGAACGACAAGAUUUGGAAUUGCAGAAACUGAAACAGAAGCAGGAACAGGAACAGGAGGAUAACACAAAGCACAAGGAUAAAUGUUAUGAAAAUUAUGAAAUGCCUGCCUUAGAGACGACCACAAUAACGCAGCACUUCUAUGCUGCUAAUAAUAAAAUAAGACAACAGCAGGAGGACGAAGAAAGACACCUUGUUGUUGUCGUGGUGGUGGAUAUGGAAGAAACAAGUGAAACUCCUAGCAAGAAAACAGACAAGCCAUCAUUAUCGUCAUACCCUACAACUAUGGCAGGGGUUGCGACUAUGGCUCCUUGUCCCUUGACUAUGGGCGUGAGGACCCAAGCAAAGCAGCUACCACCAGCACCACCACUGGCAACAACAACAACAACAACAACUACCACGGCAGCACUAACCUCAUUUGUAAACUAUACGAAUAGUCGUAGUACAAAAUAUUUACGUGAACGUGGUCGUAGAUAUUUUACUAUGCAGCAACAACAACAACAACAGCAACGACAAAGACAUGAUUCAGGACGACCACUUAAGAAACAUGAGGAAUUUCAGUUACACGAUGGACAGCAGCAACAACAACAACAACAACAGCGAAGUACUAAAUCGCCGUGUGGUCUUAGUCUUGAUCCUUUGCAUGGCAGUAGCAGCACCAGCAGCAGCAGCAGUACCACCACCACCACCACCACCAGCACGUCAACUAUCGCCAGUGGCCGUCUUGUACUUGGUAGUCCUGCCACUUGUGCUCCUUAUGCUGUUGUUAUUGAUAAUCAUAAUACGGCAAAAUGUUGUAAUAAUAACCAAAUGGCCAACACGUCAUUGUUGUCAAGAUGUCAUUGCUUAAAUAAUAUGCUUAGUAAUGCCAGCCAGCCAGCGCAGGCACGGAGACACCAGGAUCCCAACGACAUCUGCGAGAAGACGUGGCCACAACCAUCAAGCAUGAGUAGUUACAAGGACCCCAGCGUCCGUCUACAGAUUGACUGCAGUGGUGGUGGUAGUGGUGUUGGUUAUCAUCACCAUCACCAUCGCCAUCCUCAUCAUAGUUUUAUAUUAAGAAAAUCAUCUGAAGCCUGCUCCCAGCGAGAAAAUGAAAUAUUUUCCAGCCUCAAAGACAAUGCAUGUGCCGGCAGAAACGGCUGCAAUUCAAGGAUGACCAGUAACGGAAUGGCAAUAACUCCAUUGGGCCAUGCAGUUCCCAAACUUCCCCCGUCGGCGACACACACACUCUCAUGCCCAUCCUCGACAUCCUCAACUCCAACUUCGUAUACAACGAUAUUAAAUAAGGAAUGUAGGUGCUUUAAAAAUAAACGUGAUAUUAUUAUUGGCAGCGAAAAGAUGAGAAAUGCAUCAUCGUCAUCAACAUCGUCAUCGACAGUGAUGGCGGUGUCAUCUAAAUCCCUUGAAGGCUCAUUCGCAUCAAUGUGUGAUGAUGGCAGCGGUAGCGGCAGCAGUUGUAGUAGGUGCAGCUCCUACAAGGAUAAUGCAUCGUUGCUCCAGUUAGGUUUAGGUUUAUCAACUCCAUCAUCGCCAUCGUCCUCCAUUACAGCUCCAGCACCGUCGUCAUCGCAAUCGCCAUCGCCACAGUCUUCAUUGUCGGCCUGCUGGUUGAGGUGGUAUUGGUGGUUAGUGGCAUUAUUUGGCUGUUCCAAGAUAACCAAAACGGUUACGGUUUCAAAGUGGUUGUUUAUGUGGCUGUUAUUUGCUGUGCUAUCAUCAUCAGCUCAUUGCUGGGCGGGUCGAAAUGAUGUGCCCACCAACUGUACAUUUCCUGCCCGCUGGGAGGGCUCAUGGUUCCUAUCGGGCUAUCAACAAUCUAUACACAUUAAAGGUUCCCAAUUUAGUUAUCGCGGCAGAUGUGCAGCUUCGGAUGGUAACAAAUAUUUAAUAGUUGACGAGAAAGGAUGUCAUCGGUGCCUGGUCAUAUACGAGAAACAUAAAAACGUACUGCAGUAUAAAGAAAGUGAGUGCGAAGGUGAUAGUAUGUAUAUGCAUCAAUCAAAUCCAUCAGCCAUGGCGAUGCGUAGCGUUUUAAAUCAAAAGCCCAGCUUGGGCAAUGGUGGUGAUCAUAGGGGGGGAGCUCAUCCCAAUUUGAACGGGCAUUCAAGACUAUCCUCAUCGGAUCAAUAUAUAAUGCGAUCCAAUGAUGAUACGAAUGAUUGUCCCCCAGAUUUCUGCAAGGGUCGUGAGACGUUACAGAAUCUAUGCGAUCAAAUACCAGGUGAUGCUUUACUCUAUUCCCUGUUUAGGGAAAGUGCCGAGCCGGUAAAAUGCCCAUUGAAAGGUCCCUUUAUAUUUACCUACAAUCGUGGCAAUGGCGAAUGCAAAAGUCCUGUCUCGAAUAUCGAAAGCUGUACUGAAGAUAGCCGACUGCUGUUGAGUUUCCAAGCGUGUCCCGAUGUUGUGGGGACAGAAAGUACAGUUGAGGAACUCACGUGUUUGGCCACCUGGAAAGAUGGAAAUUCAAGAUAUUUAGUGGGUCUGGUGUCGCAUCAUCAUGCCAUAUCGAAUGAGGAGCGCUAUCGCUGUUUUGUAUACGAGAAAAUAUCCUCGCUAAUGGAUAUGGGUCAUUUUGCCGGACCCAGUAUGUCAACUUCCAAAGAUGCAGAAUACAAAUUAGCCCAAUCCGGUGAUGCCACCUGCAAUGGUCUAGACAGUGCUGAGGUGGGUUCCCGCAUCAUGUCUUUGAGAAAACCUCCAAUCACCGAACGAUGUGAUUUCCCGGCAUGGUUCAAGGGUCCCAGACACUGGCAUGUUCUAAUGGGCAACGCAGUGUACAAUUAUCACACAAAUGACGGUUCCAUACACAUUAUAAAGCCUAAUGGUUAUAUGGACACCAGAGCCUUGUGCGAACAAAUCAACAAACAAACUGCCACCGAGAUGAUGUCGGUGGUUCAUUAUACCACAGGAUGUCAAUCUGGCUUUAUGUGUAUGAUGUUCUAUCGCCGAGACACUCAUAUCAUUGAAAUUCAGACGGGCAAACCGGCUUCUCGUCUGGAAGACGCAUGUGCCCCUGACCAUUUUGAUAUCAACAAAACGCCCUAUAUAACGCUUUUGGCUUCCAAUCCGGAUCCUCAAAUAUGCCCCAUGGAAGGCCUGUACACGCUGAGAGGGGCCAUAGGCCCCCCUUACAUGACUACCAGACAUAAACGCAAUCACAAUAACAAAGUUCAUGGCUUUCAUAGUCACCAUCACCUCUACGAGAGCAAUGAAAGGGGAGUGCUACACAGAAGACACACCUCAUUGAGUUUCCGCAAUUCCAAUCCCAACGAGAGGAGUGCCUGGCAUUCUAAUACUCGCGGUCUGCCGGGCCGUUCUAGACGAGAUGCCUCCAGCACCACCACUAAACCCAAUGUGACCCAAGCGUCAGAGUCCACACCGCAAAAGGAUGUGACGACACAAGAGAUUCUGGUGGUGGGCAACAACACAAACGUGGGCUUUGUACAAGAUCCGGAUAGUGAUACUAGAUUAAGAAGUAGACGUAAUGUUCCUGAAUGCAUAACCAACUACAAGGCCCAACGUCAGCUGUGGAUCGGUUGUACUGAGCCCAAUCUCAUCGACGUUCGACCACUGUGUAAUGAUGAAGGAGAUGAAGAAUACUCAUGCCAUGGUUCCUGGACUGAAAACGGAACAGUUUAUAUAAUUGCCCGGCACAAGGGGACCAAACAUGGCGUCUGCAUAAGCUAUCGGCCUACGGAGGGCAACAAUGCCAAGCUGGUGGUGGGAGAUGCGUGUUAUCGAGGGACCCAAAAACCACCAGAACACCAUCUUGAAGCCAGCUUAUCUGUUUUUGGUAAAUGUGGUGAGACUGGUUCCCCCUCGGGCAGAAUGUCCAUCUUGAGUUGGUCACAACUGGCGACUGCAACAUUUUUAACUAUACUAUUGAGUCAAUUGCCGCAACAAAGAUGAUUUAGCAACUAAACCAUACCGCCCCAAGAACCCUCUCAACCCUAAAAGAAUCGCUUUAAUCCUCUAAAGAAAAUGAACGAUAUAAGUCUAUUAAUAAAACCAUUAAAGGCAUCUAAAAAUAGAACUCUAGCAAAAACUUCAGCAAGUUACACACACAUACCCAUACAUGUUAAAAACACAGCAACAAAACCAAGUUUUUUUGUAAUUCCAACAAAAGUAAUGCACCUCAAACACAACAACAACAAAAAAAAACGAUGAUGAUUGUUUGCAGAUUUUAAGAAGAAAAAAAAGACAAAAAACUCUGCAUCUAUAGACUAAAGAGAAAACAAAAAUCUAAACGCAUAACGAAUGAUUAAAACAAAAUAGAAUGUAAAUAACGCAUAGACUUUGCAUUAAACAACUGGAGAAGAAGAAAACUAACUAAUUAAAGCGAAAGCAGAAGCGAAACGGCGAUGUGUUAUUAAAUAAUUAAUAAGUUGAAUUUUUUACAUUUCUGUUUUUUUAUAUAUAUGAAUGUCAGAAUAAAAUUAAGCAACAAAUUUAUAAGUGAAUACAAAAAAAAAAAAACAAAAAUACUAAAUGUUGUAUCCCCCACACAAACUACUCCCCGGCCCCCAAAUUCAAGGCAACGAAGAGCAUUGUAAAUAGGAAAGAAAACGGAAUUCGUUUCAGCUUUUCAUUGUAAAUAAUGUUGAAAAAAAAAUAUAAUUAAAUUCUAAAAAAAAACUCAAUUCAAGUAAAAGGUUUGCACAAAAUAUUACAACUCAUCAACAAGAAAAAACGCAAGCGAAUAUGGUGGGAAAUACUUUAAAUAUUCAUAAAGUGCCACCGCCAUCAGACAUUUGACAAACAAAAAGACUUUUGCUGUGUGUACAAUUGCAAGACAACUCGACUUUAUUGUUUAAGGUUUUUACGUUUCCGUUCAUUUUACCCCCACCCCCAUCCCCAUCGUUGUAUCAUCUAUGUAAUUACCCUAGGCUUUUAAAAGAAAAAUGUAUGAAAAUUAUAAAUGAUAAGCAGCGAAAAUCAGCAACUACAGCACACCCAUAUGGCAGUUGUUUAGCUUAUUUAGUUGGUCGAUUAAUUGUGAAUGUUUACGUUUUUUUUCUAUUAUUAAUAUUACCCCCCCUUGUAAUGUAACAGAAUUAUAAAAAAUAAAAUUAUAUAAAAAAUUUACAAAACAAAAAAAAAAAAUAUGCAAUGUUAUACGAUGUGUAUGAAGCUUAAAGCUUUCAAUGUCUUCUUGAUGAGCGUAAGGAGUUUCGAUACCAAUCACAUAGAAAAUGUUUGUUUUUGUUGUUUUUUUUUUUAGUUUGGAAAUAUUGCUAUAGCCACCAACCAACCAAUCAACCAACUAUGACAUAAACCACUCACUUGCACAACUAUUCCUCUGUCUAAGUUGCACAACUCUUUUUCAUACCUUCGACCUGAGCACUAUACACCUCUGGUCUAGCAGAAACUAUUUAUUAGUAUUUGUUGGCCCUACGAUUUCAUACAGGAUGGGAUAUCAUUGAUAUCACUGGACUAUUUGUAAUCUCUCCAAUAGAUCAUUGCGACCACCGAUUUGUGAGGUAUCGUUUGGGAAAUAAAGACAGCUAAAUUAAAAAUGUUCACAAAAGACAAAUCUUAAAAUGAAUGAGGAAAUAACGUUUCCCACACACACAGCAGAUGUCGCACAGUUUCUACUUCUUCAAUACCCCCACAACCUGUAACCAUUGUUAUAUCAACGUGCUUUUCUAUUCGGUUAUGCGUAUGGAAGCGAAACGUCGACCUCUUCGAGUUAUCCCAAUUUGUGACCGUUGGUCAUUUCAAAGAUUGUUGUUGUUGUUGUAGCAGAGUGUUAUACACUGAGGCGGCAGCCCUUGCCGAUGAAGGAAUCCAUCGGGUCAAUUCGGUACGUACAACCGGCUGCCAUGGGAUUGUGAUGGCAUGUUGCUAAGGGUGUAGUCGCAUAUUCUAAUUCACAUGAAAUUACUAAGUUGCUUCCUACACCCAUAGAAAAAACCAAGCAUGACCUUGGCAAAUUUAGCACAUUCGUUGAUAAAAGAAAAUCAAUACACAUAUGUUAUCAGAUCGACCACAAAUGUUCAUAAAUCAACAACAAAUCAACGUGCAACCUGCAGUGCACGUUUUAAUGACAUAUCCCAAGAAGUGUUUGUGCGCUGCUGAGAAUCGAACCUGUGUUCUAUCCAUCUCAUGAUGGUGUGUUUUUAAAACGCCUUACCACAUUGAACCACAGCCGCCUAUGUACAAACAACGUUUUAAGAGUCAUCUAAACGUAAGAUUGCUAUACAUACACAUUUUAUAGGGAUGAUGUUCACAAUGGUUCAACAAAAUAUCAACGCCGUCUGUGCGUCGACAAUGACACCAUUGGUGCAUGAAUUUUCAAUAUCUUUUUCCAUCAGUGUAGUCUUGCAAGCUGGUUAGCUUUACAAUUCCGUGGGAUAUCCAACAGCUGAUAAGAUGUUUAAUUUCCAUUGAUCCAAGGAUAAAAACAAAAUCCGUACCGCUGUUAGUACACAAAAAAAGCUCACUUUCAUAUGUCAAGCAGUUACUCUUAGAUUUAUUAGUUUACCAUACAACAAUACCAUGUAGAAGUGUAGGUUUACAGGCCACCGUAGCGCAGAGGUUAGCAUGUCCGCCUGUGAUAGUGGACGCCUGGCGAGGAUUAAUAUCCCCUCAUAAUGCUGACGAUAUUUGUAAGGUACUAUGCCGUACACAGUAGCCAUUCUCUACCAAGUGGUGUCGCACUGCGUCACGCCGUUCGUACUCUGCCAUAAAAAGGAGGUCCUUUGUCAUUGAGCUUGAAUCUUAAAUCGGACAGCACUCAAUGAUAAGUGAGCAGUUUGCUCUUGUUCCUUAAUGCAGUAUAGAUUGGAAAACGACACCCAACAAUUAUCAACUAACUGGGCUUUCCAGACGUAUCGGUAAAAAUAUAAAUUUCGUCGUAUCCAAAACGUUGGAUUGAAAGUUAAAUUUUCUUUCCUGAUUAACACUCGCCUUUAGUAGAUAGAAAACAAUUUCUCUAUCAAAUCAUUUUCGCUCGCCCAUUUCCUUAAAUGUCGUUGAAUGUACCCCCAAUUUCCAAAAUGAUGAUACCGUUUGAUAUUCAUAGUCUGUGAGACAUCCUGGGACGAAAAUAUUUUUUGUUUUUAGUGAAAAAGAGCAAAUCAGUUUUUGACAAAUAUUUUGUGGUUUUCUGACGUUAAAAAUUCAACUGUAGGCAUAAAAUGUAAAAAGUUCAGAAAACUUCCUAUUUGUUUGGGUAUGGGUAUGAAGCUUAAAAAAAAUGUUAACUUUCUGCAAUUUGAAAGAUAGUUUCACACAAUAGCAGAUAACAAAUAUUCUAAAAAAUAAACAAAAUACUUAAGACUGAAGUAAAAACUAUGUACUUAUAUAAAGGAAAUGAUUUAAUUCCAUUUAAGCAUAUUCGGCAUAUUUUGAUCCAAAGUUAAACAAAAAAAACCUACUUUUAUGUCAGCAAACAGAGUUUGCUAAUGACGCCAAACGGAAAUGAGUUUGUGUCUCUCCAUUGCACAGGUUUAUACGAUAUGCUGAUGUAAGCAGAAUCUAUUCCCUAAUUAAGCGGAUGGAAUAUUAGCGGAACCUAACGAUUUAAAUGUGUUUUCGCAACCGGUAUACACGGUGUAUUGGGUAGAAUCUUUCGCAGCCUAGAUGCUUCAAAUGAAUCUAUCACGAAGUUACUGCUUGGUAACCUUACCAAAUAUCGAUUUGGAUUUGCAUCGCCCAAUCUUCUCCUGUAAAGACAUAGCAAGUUUAUUUAAAAAAAGGAAAAAUUCCUAUGCUUCGCUGAAUAUUUUAUGUUUCAAUGAUCACCAAUUAGAUCGAAAUCACCUUUUACCUUAUAACACUUGACCCAAAUCGCAUACUAUCUAUCUUGAAAUUCCUCUUAGACUGCUCUUAACAAUGUGCAAAAAUCUCACUUUGUGGGAGGGAACAAUAAAUGGAACAAUAUUUAUUGAUUUAACCAUAUCUUCCCAUUUUUUAAGAAGUUCAAACAAAAAUCUUGUGUGAUGUUUUAGAAGAAUCGGAGUAAAAAUGUCUAAUAAUGCGAGCACCUCAUUUUGUAAUAUUACCUACCUUACUAUAGGAAUGUCAUCUUAGUGCUUUUCGCACUAGAUUUGGUACAUUUUAGUUCAAGUCGAACCCAAAAGGAUACCACCUAGAUAAAAGGGAACUAAGAGGGCUCUUUUUGUACUUUUAGUCAGUGGUUGUUAUCCAAAAACAAAAUUUCGUGUCUCCUUUCCAUCACGGCGUGCAAUAUUCUAAUCCAUUUCAAUUAGUACUGGUAUACUAUUCAACUUAGGGUGUUGUUUGAUAUGUCUUAAACUUAAGCGCACGGCACAAUAAAUUUCUUAACAGCUGUUCCAAAAUGAUCAAAAGGAAUGAUUAAAACAUACUUGGGUGGGGUAAAACAUAUCGACGACUGAUUGGUCGAGGCCAGAACAUUUGAUGUUGACGCCCCUAUUGUUCGUCAAUGUGUCCCUUUUUGUUCCUUAUUCCAAAAAAAUGCUCAACCAAGAUCGCAAACAUAUUUCGUUCAAAUAAUAUACGUAUUUCUCACAAUAUCUCAAAAUUUGAGUCAAUUAAUUUUAUUACACUACUGCUAGUAAAUUGUAGGCAUCAGUGGUUGCUAAACAUCAACUGAUUCAAAGUUGGAAACAGUGGUUUUUUGUUGUUUCGAAAUCGAAAUCGUAAAUCGAAAUUCAUGUACUCGUCAUACGUUAAAACGACAUUUUUGUUCUUUGUUUGAGUUCAACCACACAUAAUAAAUCCUUGCAAGUAUUCUUCAUUCCUCUAAAGGUUUUAUAUACAUUUAAACAGGAGCUUUAUCUUAAAAUCUCCAGCCUCACUGCCUCCUUUUUGAAAAUGCUCAAAACAUCCGUUGCUGACACUGUACACAACAUUGUAGCAAUCUUAAUCUUAAACGGAUUUUCCCUACAGUCUCCGAAGAAGCUUAAAGUCUUUCUUUGAUGACCAUUGGUCAUCGGCACGGUAAUAUAUUUUCGCUGAAGUCUAUCUUCUUCGCUGAAGUCUAUCUUCGUUGUAUUAUAUUUUCGAGAGAACGAAACGAAUUGUAUCUCGUUUUUUUUUGUCUUGUUGUCUGUAGCAAUUCCCUAAGAGUUGGCAAUAUUAAAAGCCUUCUCAUUACGGGCAGAUAGGCGAUGAAUUUCCAAUUUUGUUUUUAAAUCGAAUGACGAAUAUAGUGGGAAGAUUUUUUUUUGUAAUUCGUUUAAAAGAAAAAUAUGCGGUAUUUCAAAGGUACAAUGAAUUUGUUAAUACGUUCAUUGUUUAAGCGAACAGUACUGUUUUCCCUUUUCGAUUGUUUUAUCAAGUAUUCAUCCUGUUAACAUUUUGGGUGUAGUUCCAUGCUGUUCAAAUUUUAAGUGGAAAUGGCAGCCAAGUAGCCGAUACUUCAGGUUAUUUUUGCCACCCAAAAAUGUUGCAUCUUUGUAGUCGUAAUGACUUAAUCUACUACUCGAGCUUAUCGAAAUUUGUCUCAAAGAGUUUCGUAUGCUUCUUACUUCAAACAUUAAAUUUCUAUGAAAUCGUAAAUGAUUUAGAAAUAGUUGUCUGAUAUACAUUUGAGUAUGAAUAUCCAUCAAUCGAACGUUUUCUUAAAUGGAAAUUUAUUCGGCCCAGUUGAAUGUUGAAAAUAUUAAGUAGGCUCAUUUUCCUUGUUAUUACUUUAGAGUUGGCAUAAGCUAUUCGUUUAGUUUUUCCAUUUAUAUGUAUGUACAUAUAUUUUCAUAGUUUUCUCUAAAGGAAGACAAUACCACAAGCUUGAAGUGUAAAAUAAAGUUACUUUAAAUAAAACAAAACAAUUGAGUUUCAAACAGAAAACAUAAAGUAAACAUGUAGGAAUGUAAUUUUAAGGCAUCUGUUUUUGAAUUAUUUUCGUAUGGAGCAACUAGCAGCCAGCAAUCAUACCUUAUGUUUCCAUGUACGUAUAUGUCUAAGAGAAUGCCACUAUUUUUUUAUAACUUUGAUUGAAAUUUGUUUUUGUAAUUAGCCAUAAAUAAUACAUCUUCCGAAGAAGAAGGAGGAGAAUUAAGCGUUGAGUUAAGGAAAUAAAGGCACUUUGUUUGAAUUGAAACUCAAAGGACAAACCGCAAAAAAAAAAAGAACAAAAAACAAAAUGAGACAAUGACAUUAGAAAUUUUUAAAAUUUCGCUUCAAGUGUUAAUUGCCAACUUGUAAAUGUAAACUAGGAGAACUAGAAGAAAAACUAAAACCCUAAAGAAUUCUUUUCUAUAAUUAAAUGUACAAAAAAAAAACGGUAAAGAGAAGGACGAGGACUACAUAUAUACAUAUAUUGAAAAAUAAUAUUUUGCAUAGAUGAAAAUUGCAUUCAUUGGUUUCAUAAAUAGAAAAAAAGAAAACAUCCACAUUACAAACUCACACAAAUACAUACUAAGUAAUUAUAGAAGAAUAAAAACACACACACUCUCACUCUCACACAAGAAAACUCUAAUGGCAAAAUGUAUUGCGAAACUGUAACUUAAAAAGUGACAAGGCAUGCAAAGGCAUAAUGACAUAACAAUUAGAUAAGCUACAUUUAAUUGAAUUGAUUAUAAAUAGAUGUAUUUACAUACUACACAUAUACAUACAUGCAUACAUACUAAAUAUAAUUAUACAUAACUACAACAUGGCAUAGCAAACAUGCAGAGAUGGAACGAACGUAACGAACUCCUUACUUACUUAAGUAGCACUAAACAUAUUAUAAAUAAUGUGACAAAACAAAUGAAAAGGUAUCAUUAAAAUCUAAAACAAAAUAACUUUUUUUAAAUAAAAACUACCAAUAAAGAAAUUCACACAAAUUACUAAACAUUUUUCAAUUAAAGGCAUACACAAGAACAACAAAUUCUGCCGCAACUUACAAAUGCUAAACUAAAAUUUAGAACUAGAGGCAUUUAUGUAGCAGGACACAUUAUCGAAAUCGGACAGAGGAGAAUCGAAAGCAAAGACAGUUGAGCAUAAAAGAAGUCGGAUGAAAGAAACAAAAAUCAUUUAAAUGUUUUUAGAAUGUUUAAGGCAAUUAAGAGGUGAUAUAGAUCUAGAAAUUGUUUAAAAAUAUUAACUCCAUCGCACACACUCACACCUCCCACUCAAUUAACCACCACCACCACCAACAACAACAACAACCUUCACACUCCACAGACUGAUAACCACUGGCAACACUCGCGCUAUUGCAAACAUCUUCGACAUUAUCGCCAUCACAACAAUUAAUCGCAUCAUUCGCAUUAUUCGCAUCAUUCAUACCUCAGACCAUAGAUUACCCGAAUUGACAGACAACACAGAAUCUUUAAAAUUAUACAUAUAAAAAACCGAAUAAAACGCUUAUGAAUGCAUAAUUAUGAUUAUUACAAACCACAAAAAGAACAUAACAAAAGAGAAUAUAUAUAUAAAUAUGAUGAAAAAAAAAGAGCAACAGUGAAUAUCUCAACUUCUUUUUUGUUUUAUGGCAUACAACAAGUAGGCAAUAAGUUCAACAAAAGGUUUUUCUAUAAAACAAAAUAAGCAUAAGUGAUUUUACCACUUUCCCCACUGACCCCCAUCCCAAAAAAAAAAAAAAAAUAUUCGUAUUCCCUUCAUCAACCUAACCUCCCGCGAGUUCAACAUGCAGUGAAGGAAAGUUCUUCGUCAAUAAAUCGAUCAAAUUAUAUUUGCAAUACUUACAAAACUUUGAAUUUUAAAGUGGACUGAAAAAUGCUUAUAAACUUAAUACCACAUACGUAUGUAUAUCCGAAACAAUCGUAGUUUAUUUGCCCACUGCAAUUUGAGUGCAAUUGUAGAUAUGAGAAAUGCAGCUUAUAAUGAUGAAGAGCUUCGCCUUAUGAAACUCUUCUACUAAGCUCACCCUCCGGACUCCGUUGGAAAUAAGAAUUCGAAAAAAUUUCUGAUUUUUCUCCCCUAUUUUGAGACCUAUUUUUUUCACCAUUGACACUUAGAUACGAAUAGUGAUAUCCAUAAAGAAAAGAGAUAAUCUCUGGCCAUGUUAAUUUGUGUACAAGGCAAGGUUGCGCAGUAUAGCAAUUUUUAGUCGACUCCGAUUGCGAGUCCGAUAGCUCGACUCCAACUCAGAGCACUUGAUUAUUUAAAAUUUUUUUUUUAAUUUUUUUUUAUAAUAAAAUUAUUUGUUUUUUUUAAAUAGUUUAAUAUUAAAAAAAAUAUUUUUACUUCUUUAGCGAUGAAAAGUGAAUUUUAAUGACUUUGACAUAAAACCGCAACUGUUUUCAAAAGUAGUAAACCCAAAAAAAUUAGGCUGAUGAUAUCAGCAAACACUGUCUGCUGAUAUUAGAUUGAAAAUGUUAAACUUUUGAAUAAACCCAUUCAAAAAUUUUUGCAACUCUAAAAAACAAUUGAGGCAUUCGCUAUAUUUAUCAAAAAAAAAAAAAAUGUCAAUUUUUGGCGUAAAUUUUUAAUUUGAAAGCAUAAAUAUAAUAAUAGUAGUUAUUUUGUCUGCUGUUAUUUAAAUUUGAUCAAAAACUAGCGAAUUGCACAAAAUUAAAAAAAAAUUUAGUUAUAUGCGUGCAAAAUUGAAAAACAAGAUAGAAUAAAAAAAUUUUUGAAAUAUUUACGCCAUUUUUGAGGUUUUUUUUAACUACUUUGAAUUUGAAAACGUUUGCUGUUUUAGCAACAAAUUACUGCUGUCCCAUUUUUAGCAGAUUUUCUGCCGUCUCAGCAAUCAGUUUUUUCAGUUUUUCCUAACAAAUUUCUAUGAGUGUAGGCUUUCCGCCAUUGAUUUAUUUUUUGAUAUGGACACCAUCAAAUGCAACAUGACUCUAAACCGGUUUACAGAAAUUCACUCCUUAGGUUAGGUUAGGUUAAGUAUGGUUUAAGUGGCAGUCUGCCGUUAGACUUACUCAGACGUUUUCGUCCAUUGUGACACCACAGGAACAGAAGAAGGAAGAUGCCUUCUAGUUCCUACCGUUGAACCAUCCAGAUAGCUUUAGAAAGCCCAAUAACAUGCGAAUGUUCACAUCCGCUAAAUCCGACAGGUUCUCAACGAAAUGAGAACCUAAAGUGGAACUUCUUCUAAUUGCCAAUGCGGAACACACACACACACAGUAGGUGUUCUAUUGUCCCUUCUUCUUCAGCUUCUGCAGAAGUCAGUGACAGUGACCUAUCGUGACAGGCACAAUGUUCUUGACAGUGCCAGCAAAGCGGUAGACCUCUUCAAGUCAAGAUUAGGCCACAUAGAGACAUACCCACAGAUUCCAGUUUCCCUGGAAUGUGUAAAGUAGUUCCUAGUCUCUCAAGCUCGUCCGCUUUACAAUUCCCUGAGAUAUAUCUGUGACCCAGCACUAAAAAGAGGUGAAUUUUGAACUGUUCACCCAUCUCGUUGAGAGAUCUUCGACAGUCGAGGGCGGUUUUUGUGUUCAGAAUACGUUCUCCAGGGAUUUAAUGGCUGCCCGGCUGUCGGAGAAGAUAAUUGUGUCAAUCGUCGUUAUAACAUUAUAUCUUAGCCAUUCCACCUACUCUUCCGCUUGGUACACACUGCACUGGCCCGGUAACCUUUUCGAUAUGACCAGUUCUAGAUUUAGAGUACACCCCAAAGCCCACCUGAUCGUCUAGUUUGGAACCAUCUUUAUAGAAGUCUAUAUAACUUCUAUUACCAGAGAUAUCGUUCUAACAGCGGCUCAGGUAGGGUGUAAUCCACACACAAGGAUAACACACUGUCCGUAGCCGCCACAUGACCAAAGAGAAAGCUCUCUUAGCCUCACGGCAGUGGUCGCUGCAAUUUGUCUAGCCCCAAUGUCCAGUGGCAUUGGAUGUAGCAUUAAAUUCAGUGCAACAGAUGGUGUCGUCCUCAGUGCGGUUGUGAUGUACCAACAAGCCAUCCUUUGGAUCCGGUUAAGUAUUGAGCAGUAGGUGGACUUUCGAAGCGCCGUCCACCAGACUACAACACCAUAUAGCAUUAUAGGUUUGACAACUGCAUACCCAAUGCAUGACACACGGUUUAAACCCCCAAUAUUCUUGCUAAUGUCGGAUUUGAAGUUCAAUUUCCUGUUCAGCAAAAACAGCCAUGUAUUUCACGCUUUUUGUAAAUGGAACAGUCUCCAAUGAUAAGGGGCGUCUCUUUAUUGUCAAGUUCGAACGGCAUGCCGCAUAGCGAAACCACUUGGUAGAGAAGUUUUAACAUCGCACGAUAUCUUACAAAUGUACGCAGCAUUAGUAAGGGGAUUGUUUUAUCCAACAUUUUCCACAAAUAUCUUCAAAUGUUUUCGCUAAUGUUUCACGAGAAUAUGUAUUUCUGGCGCUUUGCGAAUUGCCUUCACUGCAUCCGAGAUAAUCCUUUCGACCCAUACCAUCUUCAUAUUUUCUCAUUUCCAUCAUCUCACAAUCGUUCAUGGAUUUAUAAUUUAAAUGUAUUUGAAAAUCAAUUUUGUUUCUAAGUAAAUCCUGUGUAUAUAUGAUUAUAACAAAUAAUAAAUUUGCAUAAUUGUGUAAUGUAAAAAUAA